GCCGUCGCGGCUUCCAUGGCCGCGGAGGCCGCGGAGGCCCCGUCGUCCUCCUCCCACCCGCCCACCGCGUUCCCGGCCACGCGCCAGGAAAUCCAGGCGGCCAUCGCCAAGGCCACCGAACUGCGCGCGCUCCACGCCGCGCUCCUGCAGGGCGGCGCCAAUGCCGCCGCCUACGCUGCCGCUGGCUCCGCCGCUGGCCGCAGCCCCGCCGUCAUCCGCGUGCCGCCUGCCGCGUCUCCGGCGUUCCCCAGGGCCGCUGCCGUCGCCGAGGACUACCCCGUCUUCACCCCGGAUUUUUUGAAGCUGGGCACAGUGAUUAAGCUUGGCGAAAAUAUGUUGGCUGAAGCUGAAAAACAGUGUGCUCAAGGCUCAAGCUUGACUGACAAGGUGGAUGUCAGGGCUUAUGGUGAAGAGCCCCUGGGUGGAAUGAACUACAUUCGGCAAGACAACCGGAGCCUAUCUGAGAACUGGAGCGGAAUCGGUCUAGAACACGAAGGUCCUGAAGACGAGGUGGCCUUCUCGGAUCUCGACAAUCACAACACCUUCUCUUCGUCAAACAGCGAGCUCCAUUUCUCUUCAUCAAAUGAGCAUAUACGGAACAGAAUCCCUCGCAGAAACCAUCAUUCCUUCCUUCAUCCUGCUCUCUCUGCUGACAGUUUCCUCAAGUCGGCCAGCAGGAGAACAGAUUCAGCAGAGUCGAAGGCUACAACCACGUGCAACACUUGCAAGCCUGCAACAAUCAGUAGGGGCCCAGAAGCUGAUGCCAAUGCUGUGAAGAACCUCAGCAGUGGAGUGCCACAGUCGAACCACCACCCCUCCGUCGGCUCGCGUACAAGGCAAAAAGGGACAAACGUACUCUCAUGGCUGUUACCCAAGUCGAAGAGGAAGACAAAAUCAGACAUGUCACCGAGCACCGCCGAAUGUGAGAACAUGUCGCAGCUUCUGAAGGAGUGGGGGGUGUUUUCACUAGAAUCUCUAAAGAAGGAGCUUGCUGAGGCCAAUGAGCAUAGGGACGCUGCUCUUCAAGAAGUUGGGGAGAUGAGAUCAUCUUUGGGGGAACUAACUAGCAAGCUGCUGAGCUUGGAAGCGUAUUCCUCCGAACUUAAGAAGACUCUAAAGAAAGCAACGAGCACCAAAAACAGCGUUCAAUCGCACUCGAAGAGAUCAGCGAGAUCAGUGGGGGUCAGUAGAGACGAUUCAUUGCCCGUGAGUCACGAAGUAAUGGUGGAAGGGUUCUUGCAGGUAGUAUCAGAAGCCCGUCUUUCCAUCAAACAGUUCUGCAAGGUACUGCUCCAGCAAGUCGAAGACGCCGACAAUGGACUAGCAGAUAAGCUAAACUUGCUCUUGCAGCCAUACCAACUCACACUCGCCGACAAGCUCUCGAAAGUGAUACUGUAUCAUCUGGAAGCUCUCAUGAACCAAGCGAUGUAUCAAGACUUCGAGAACUGCACGUUCCAGAAGAACGGGUCACCCAGGUGCCUCGACCCUAAGCAGGAUCUCCAGGAGAACUUCGCAUCAUUCGUGGCGCUGCGCAACCUGAGCUGGAACGAGGUCCUGAAGAAGGGCACCAAGUACUACUGCGAGGACUUCAGCCGUUUCUGCGACCAGAAGAUGAGCUGCAUCGUGUCCACUUUGAGCUGGUCAUGGCCGUGGGCCGAGCAGCUGCUGCAGUGCUUCUUCGUGGCCGCGAAAUGCAUCUGGCUGCUCCACCUGCUGGCAUUCUCGUUCAGCCCGCCGCUGAUGGUGCUACGGGUGGAGGAGAACCGGGCCUUCGAUCCGAUGUACAUGGAGGAGAUCCAGGUGGAGAGGCAAAGGCCGCAGCAGAACCCGUCUCGGGUGAAGAUCAUGGCGAUGCCCGGGUUCUACGUCCAAGACCGGGUGCUGAAAUGCAGGGUGAUCUGCAGAUAUGGCAGCUAGGCCCCGUAGUGUAGUCCUGAGCUGGUAUUAUGCCUCUUGGUUUGGUUUGGUUUUGUUUCUGACUGAUCUUUUUUGUUAGUAGUGUGAUGAUGUAGCAUUUGCCUGCUGAGUGAAUGUUGGUUCACUUGCCUGCGGUUGAUACCGGCUGUAAGAAAUAUAUUUAUGCUAAUCCUUAACGGGUAGAUUGAUAGUUUUUUA